AUGGGCACAAGAGACUCGGGAUAUCACUCGCUACAGGCAGUGGCAAAACAACGAGGCCUCGCCACGCAGACCCUGAUCCUCGCACACCGAAGGGAGCUCGUAGAGCAAGCAGCACGACACUGCACAAACGCCUAUCCCAGCAGUUCUGUGGAGAUUGAAAUGGGCUCCAUCCACGCCUCCGGCACCGCAGACAUCACCAUUGCCAGUCUGCAGAGCAUCACCUCGGGCGACCGGCUUAGCAAGUUCGACCCCCGGCGCUUCAAGCUCGUCCUCGUCGACGAGGCACACCAUAUCGUUGCACCGGGAUACAUGCGCGUGCUUCGCCACUUUGGGCUCGACACCAAGCGGCCCGACUCCCCGGCUCUGGUCGGCGUGUCCGCCACAUUUUCCCGCUUCGAUGGGCUGAAGUUGGGAGCCGCCAUCGACCAGAUCGUCUACCACAAGGACUAUGUCGACAUGAUCGGCGACAAGUGGCUAUCGGACGUUAUCUUCACGACCGUGGAGUCUUCGGCCGACAUAUCCAGGGUCAAGAACGGCGCCAACGGGGACUUUCAGCUGGGGGAUCUGUCCCGUGCCGUCAACACGGAUCAGAUCAACGAGAUCACCGUCCGGAGCUGGCUGGCCAGGGCAUCGGACCGGAAGUCGACGCUCGUGUUUUGCGUCGACCUUGCACACGUUGCCGGGCUGACCCAGACGUUCCGGAAGCACGGCUACGACGCCAGGUUCGUGACGGGCGACACGCCCAAAAUAGAGAGAAGCGAGAUACUCGAGGCUUUCCGAAAUGGAGAGUUCCCCGUGCUCGUGAACUGUGGAGUCUUCACCGAGGGCACUGACAUCCCCAACAUCGACUGCGUGGUUCUCGCCCGGCCGACGCGAUCUAGGAACCUGUUGGUCCAGAUGAUCGGGAGAGGCAUGAGACUCCAUAAGGGGAAGUCCGAUUGUCACGUAAUCGACAUGGUGUCGAGUCUCGAGACUGGCAUCGUAACCACGCCGACACUGUUCGGCCUCGACCCGGGCGAGCUCGUGGACAAGGCGUCUACGGUGGAUCUGAACAACAUCAAGGACCGGAAACAGGCGGAGCAGCUCCGGCAGCAGCACGCUUACUCCGACGCUCCAGGCCCUCAACCUAGCAUCGCACCCGCUGGCUCGGUCACCUUCACCGACUACGGCUCCGUUUUCGAUCUGAUUGAGGAUACCUCUGGCGAGAAACACAUACGGGCCAUUAGCCAGUACGCCUGGGUCCAAGUCGGCGUCGACAAAUACGUCCUCUGCGCCCCGAACGGAUCCUUCAUCCGCCUCUCCAAGCUCGAACCUGACGCCACCAAAGCCCAACAGCAACAAAAACAACAACCAUCCCCCCUCUGGCUCGCCGUUGAACUCCUCAAAGCGACGACCUUCGCCGAUGCCGUACACGGCAGCGACAAGUACGCAUCUGAGGUCUUCCCGCACGUCUUCAUCCACCGGUACCAGCGCUGGCGCAAAGGUCCGCCGACGCCCGGCCAGCUCGAGUUCCUUAAUAAGCUGCGUUCCAAAGAGGAGCCCCUGACGGCCGAAAACGUCGACAAGGGGAAAGCGACGGACAUGAUUACCAAGAUCAAGCAUGGGGCCAAGGGCCGGUUCGCGGGCAUCAUGACGGAGAAAAGGAAGAUCCAGCGACAGCAUCAUAAGAUUGCGCAGCACGAGGCGCGAACGCGGCAGGAGAAGGUUUCCGUUGGUCCUGUUGCUUCGUGA